AUGGCAGAGAUUGUCAAUGAUACUGUAAAGGUAUUUUGGGCACAACCUGGAGUUUAUAUAAAUAUGACUGACAACAUAUCAGGAACAUACUGUAAAUGGACAGAAGGACAAGGAAGCCUAUGGGUAAACCAUAACGCAGAACAAAGAAAACUGACGUCAUUUCCGGAAAUCCAGACCAUGCUGACCUCUGGUGAGGAAGUAGGAUGGGUUGUGAAUAUUACUGAAUGUCAAUGUGCCUCGGGACCAGGAAACUGCUAUGAUGGCAUAUUGGGAGACACAAUCAAAGGUUUCAAAAUGGCGAAAGACAGUUCUAUACAUUUCUCCAAUUCCAUGACAACGAUCUUUCCUGUGGCCAUGAACUUCAUUCAACUAAUUACCUUUGUUAGUGUUGAUGCCAACAACACUGCCACAUUUAGAGCUAGACACGUGGACCCAUCAACAUGGGAACAAGAUGAUAUGGACAUAAUGAGUUGUCCAAUAGAUUCAGGAUCCUCAAUUGGAGACGGAGCUAAAUUCUAUGUGAACAACAUUUAA